AUGACUGGACGACCGACGGGAGGUCCUCCUGCAGGACCCUCGAAUAACGACCUGCUACUAGAUUUGGACAACGAGCAACCGAUAUACAAUGUAGGACAGCGAUCGAACAUGAACGACGACGACCUAUUACGCUCCUACAAUCACGACCAAGACCAGGCCCAAGGCCGACCCUCCGUUUCGUAUGACGACUUUGUGGGCGGAGGCGGAGGAGGAGGGAAUCACACACAGCAACCCUCAGCAUUGAGGCCGUUACCUGGCGGCCCCCAGUCGCCCGGUAUCCCUGACGGCGCAUCCUCCGGCCCAUACAUGCAAAGACACUACAGCCAAACGUCAGAACUAAACAAUUACCAGCGAUAUGCCGACGACUUUGACGACUACUCGGCCGAAGGCGAAUCAUACUACCAACAAGGCGGCGCCGCGACGAGUACGAACAACGUCGGAGAUCCAUCCGCAAGGUCCAACGCUCGGAACCGUAACAGCGUCCUGAGCUUGGGAGGAGGCUUCUUUGGCCGCAUGAAGAACAAGCUAGGGAUGGGUCAAGGAUACUCGGAGAUGGACUUGCCCUUAACGGAGGCGGGCGGCAACGGACGGGCAGACUCUGGCAUCGAUGCGCAAGCCCAGGGGGGCAAGAAGUUCGACAUGGGAAACUUCAAGUUUGGGUUUGGAGGAAAGAAGCCGGACCCUUCGACACUGGGCCCGAGGUUGAUCCAUCUUAACAACCCGCCCGCUAACGCAGCGAACAAAUACGUCGACAACCACAUCUCGACGGCCAAGUACAAUGUCGCGACCUUCCUCCCAAAGUUUCUCUUCGAGCAGUUCUCAAAGUUCGCCAACAUCUUCUUCCUGUUCACGGCUGCGCUCCAGCAAAUCCCCAACCUCUCGCCUACCAACAGAUAUACCACAAUUAUCCCGCUCUUCAUCGUCAUGAUGGUUUCGGCAGGCAAGGAAUUGGUGGAAGAUUACCGCAGAAAGCAGGCCGACCACCAGUUGAACACGUCCAAGGCCCGUAUCCUACGCGGAACCGCCUUCCAGGAGUCCAAAUGGAUCAACGUUGCGGUUGGAGACAUUAUCCGAGUGGAGUCAGAAGAGCCCUUCCCUGCCGAUCUGGUCUUGCUUGCGAGUUCUGAGCCUGAGGGACUUUGCUACAUCGAGACAGCUAAUCUCGACGGAGAAACAAACUUGAAGAUCAAGCAGGCUUUGCCCGAGACAUGCACGAUGGUCAGCUCUAGCGACCUGAGCCGACUUGGCGGAAGAAUCAAGUCUGAACAGCCCAACAGCAGUCUAUACACAUAUGAGGCCACUCUGACGAUGCAGGCGGGUGGUGGCGAGAAAGAGCUGCCCCUCAACCCUGAGCAGCUUCUCCUUCGAGGUGCCACACUUCGCAAUACGCCCUGGAUCCACGGCGUGGUUGUCUUCACCGGACACGAGACAAAGCUCAUGCGUAAUGCCACGGCCGCACCCAUCAAGCGCACAAAGGUUGAAAAGAAGCUCAAUAUCCUCGUUCUCGUGCUCGUCGGCAUCCUCCUUGUCCUCAGCGUCAUUUGCACAGUAGGUGAUCUUGUUCAGCGCAAGGUCGAGGGUGACGCCCUUUCUUACCUGAUGCUUGACUCAACCGGUUCCGCAAACGAUAUCGUCAAAACCUUUUUCAAGGACAUGGUCACAUACUGGGUUCUGUUCUCCUCCCUUGUGCCAAUUUCGCUUUUCGUCACGCUGGAAAUGGUCAAAUACUGGCACGGAAUUCUCAUCAACGACGAUUUGGACAUCUACUACGACAAAUCCGACACCCCGGCAAACUGCAGAACGUCAAGUUUGGUUGAGGAACUGGGCAUGGUCGAAUAUGUCUUCUCCGACAAGACGGGUACCUUGACCUGCAAUAUGAUGGAGUUCAAGCAGGCCUCGAUUGGCGGAAUUCAAUAUGCCGAGGAUGUGCCGGAAGACCUCAGGGCGACGUUUCAGGAUGGUGUCGAGGUUGGAAUCCACGACUACAAGAGGUUGGCGGAGAACCUCAAGAGCCACGAGACGGCUCCUGUGAUUGACCAUUUCCUGGCUUUGCUGGCUACUUGCCACACUGUCAUCCCCGAGAGAAGCGAUGAAAAGGGCGGCAAAAUCAAGUACCAAGCGGCUUCGCCCGAUGAAGGUGCGCUCGUCGAGGGCGCAGCUGACCUUGGGUACGUCUUCACCGAUCGCAAGCCGAGGUCUGUCUUCAUCGAGGCUGGAGGACGCGAGCUCGAGUAUGAGCUCUUGGCCGUCUGCGAAUUCAACUCUACCCGAAAGCGCAUGUCGACUAUUUACCGAUGCCCCGACGGAAAGGUCCGCGUGUACUGCAAGGGUGCCGAUACCGUCAUCCUCGAGCGCCUUAACGAUCAGAACCCGCACGUGGAAGCUACUCUGCGUCACUUGGAAGAGUACGCGUCUGAAGGUCUACGGACACUUUGCCUCGCGAUGCGUGAGGUUCCCGAGCAGGAGUUCAAGGAAUGGUUCCAGGUCUUUGAAAAGGCCGGUAUGACUGUCGGCGGAAACCGUUCGGAUGAGCUGGACAAGGCGGCAGAACUCAUCGAGCGCGACUUUUACCUUCUCGGAGCGACCGCCAUUGAAGAUCGUCUCCAGGACGGUGUACCCGAGACUAUUCACACGCUCCAGCAGGCCAACAUCAAGGUGUGGGUCCUGACGGGCGAUCGCCAGGAGACCGCAAUGAACAUUGGAAUGAGUUGCAAGCUGCUCAGCGAGGACAUGAUGCUUCUGAUAGUGAACGAAGAAAGUGCCGAGGCAACGCGCGACAACAUCCAGAAGAAGCUCGAAGCGAUUCGCACUCAAGGAGACGGAACGAUCGAAACGGAAACCCUUGCUCUCGUCAUCGACGGCAAGUCUUUGACCUAUGCCUUGGAGAAGGGUCUCGAGAAGCAAUUCCUUGACCUCGCCAUCAUGUGCAAGGCCGUCAUCUGCUGCCGUGUCUCUCCCCUCCAAAAGGCUCUCGUCGUCAAGUUGGUGAAGAAGUAUCAAAAGGAGGCCAUCUCGCUGGCCAUUGGCGACGGCGCCAACGACGUGUCCAUGAUUCAGGCUGCCCAUAUCGGCGUGGGUAUCAGUGGUAUGGAAGGUCUACAGGCCGCCCGGAGCGCCGAUGUGUCCAUUGGCCAGUUCCGGUACCUUAGAAAGCUACUGCUCGUUCACGGCGCCUGGAGCUACCAGCGCGUCGCCAAGACCAUCCUUUUCUCCUUUUACAAGAACAUAACCCUGUACAUGACGCAAUUCUGGUACACUUUCCAAAACGUCUUCUCUGGUGCCGUCAUUUACGAGUCUUGGACACUUUCGUUCUACAAUGUCUUUUACACCGUUUUCCCUCCUCUUGCCCUGGGUAUUCUUGACCAGUUCAUCUCGGCCAGGCUCCUCGACCGCUACCCGCAGCUGUACAACAUGGGCCAGCAAAACCAGUUCUUCAAGAUCAAGGUUUUUGCCGAGUGGGUCGCCAACGCUGUGUACCACUCCAUUAUCCUCUACGUCUUUGGCCAGCUCAUCUGGUACGGCGAUCUCAUACAAGGCGAUGGACAAAUCGCCGGUCACUGGGUCUGGGGCACGGCAAUGUACGCUGCGGUCCUGCUCACCGUCCUCGGCAAGGCGGCUUUGAUCACAAACAACUGGACCAAGUACCACGUCAUGGCCAUUCCCGGCAGUAUGCUUCUCUGGUGGGGCUUCAUCGCCCUGUACGGUACCGUGGCGCCCAUGAUUCCCUUCUCGGCCGAGUACCACGGUGUCAUUCCCAAGCUGUACAGCAGCCCGACCUUUUGGUUGCAGACUUUUGUGCUCUCGAUUAUGUGUCUUUUGCGCGAUUUUGCCUGGAAGUUCGCCAAGCGCAUGUACAUGCCGCAGACAUACCAUCACAUUCAGGAGAUUCAGAAGUACAAUAUCCAAGAUUACAGACCGAGAAUGGAGCAAUUCCAAAAGGCAAUUCGCAAGGUGCGGCAAGUACAGCGCAUGCGCAAGCAGCGCGGCUACGCAUUCUCCCAAGCAGACGAGAGUCAAUCGAGAGUGCUUCAGGCAUACGACACGACGCAGCACCGUGGACGACAUGGCGAGAUGGCCAGUUCGAGACCCCAGGGUAGAUAG